UCCAGCUCGAUCUCAUCACCGGCGAAACUUCGGGCGCGCUUCGUGCUGCUCCGGCGAUCUUCGUUUCCUGCUAGGAGCCCCGUGGCCGGGGAUCCGUCAGACGGCGCUCGAUGGACGGACAGUAUCGUGAGCGCCAGCCGCGGCAGCAUGCGCGGGAACUUUGUUCCGCGGUCCGUUCUUCGAUUCUCGCGUUAUUCGAUCACGUCCCGCGACGAAUCGAUCCACUUGACCUCGUGGUAACGCGUGUGCGCGUACAAUUACACGCGAAGACACUGUUCGCCGUACCACUCCGUUGCUACACUUGGAUUUAACGACGAUCGCCGAGGCACAUCGUAGAAUCAGGAAAGGAAGAUCGGUGAUCCCGGAGCAGGGAUUCGAGAGGAGGAAUCCGUGAACUAAUAAUCCCGUUUCCCGUCACGAAGCGCGACUGAGAACAUCAGGAUCCACCAGCAGGCAUGAUCGAAUGAUGGAGGUGCUUUCGACGCGGCGAUACGAGGCUCGCCCACCGCCAGCCAGCCAUCCACCCAUUCUCAUUGACCCUGAGAAUUCCGUGGCGCUGGUCAAAGAAGAGGAAUGGGAGACCCGCAAGAAGAAGGAAAUAACUACCACCAGGCAGAUAGAGACCAGAGUGAAGAGGCAAGUGGUGCUGGAAGAUGGCGAGGUAGUCGUCGACUCGGGCCCUCUUGUCACCACCAACACCACCGAGGAUGUCGAACAACAAGAACACACCACCCAAGAGAGACGAACAACAGGUGAUCAGCCGCAGGAGGUCGAGUGGCCAGGUGGACGAGGGCCCGCUGAUGACGGUAGCGUGGUGCAAAAGGAGUUGAACGAGACGGUGGUAAGGAGCCGCGAGGAGAUCGAGGAGAGGCUCGAGACGGAGGAUCGCCAACAGCUGGGGGACAUCUCUGACGAGGCGUACCAGAAGGCGGUGAGAAGCAACAGGGGCGACCUGAGGGUGGCUCUCGCCGAAUCCUGUAAGCAGUUGACGUCCCAAAUUGGUCCCAGAGUCGUCCAGCACACGACCAAGUCGAACAAGGUUAUCGACACGGAGAAGACCUUGGAGAAGAAGGAACUGAAACCCGACGGGCUGAUCGUCACCGAAAGGAAACGGACCGUCGAGCACGAAGAGAUAAAAGACGACGAGGUCCCCGACGACGGGAGCGACGCGAACGGGGACGACGCGUCGGAAAAGAAGAAGGAGAGCUCCCAUAGGUUCAUCAAGAAGAGAGACGAGGACGUGGUCGAUUACAUCUCGGGUGGCGAGAGGGUCGCCCGAGAGAUGCGCUACGUCGCCGAAACCACCGAAGGGGAACGUAUAGGCGACUGGACGCCAUCGCCAACGGCCAUGCGAACCACUCGUUUCCACAAGCAUCCUGGCUUUCCCGCAGAGGGCUUUCCGGCGCGAAAAGACGUGUUGACGAAGAAGCCACUGGACCUAGAAGAGGAAGAUGAAGCGAGGAAGUUUGAGACGUCCAAGUGGUUGGAAAGUCACUUCGGCAGCGAGUCCCGUUCCUCUCACGGUUCCAUCGAGGCUGACGAGUCCCCUCUGCAGACCAGCAACACCAGUUACAUCAACGUUACCAUGAAGUCCUGCCCCUCUAAAGAGCGCGAUUACCAAAACGUGACCUCUAACAGACAUCAGCGAAGAAGCACUGGUAGAGACUCGGCGUCGCCCUCGGGAUAUUUUCAUGGGAUCAGCGAGUGGUCCGAAAGAUACCAAGGAAGAGAGAGGCAGAAUCACGGAAGAACGAGCUCCCCGGCGCAGUACGUGGAACCAGUUCAAACGAACGGGCAUGCGCAUGAUCACACGAGGAAUCAAGUCCAGGAGUCCACGUAUUCGAGGACGUACGAGUCCGUCCUUCGACGGGAGCACCAGGAUUCCUACGAGAGACAAUGUACGCCCUCCCCGCCAAUCAGGCGAAGAUCCAAGGAGCAGUGGUCUACGAGAUCCGAAGAAAGAACAAGCGUGAAUGAUUCCGUGCCAUGUCGCACCGCAAGUCCGAUUCAUGUGGUACAAAGGACUUGGGAGAGUCGCAGUCGAGACGUCCAAGAGCAACCAGUGGAACGGGAGAACCGUAAAAAGUCGAUCUCGAGAUCUAGAUCCGCUUCACCCAAACCAGAGUUGGCCCCGCGUGAAAAAAAGAUCUCCAUCGAGACUUCACCUCCAGCUCGUCCUGCGAAGAGUUCGGGGCACUCCAAGUACAAGAUUGGCGAGUCGUUCAGGAAACUGGUCGGAAAGCUGCGCUCCGCCAGCUCUGAAAGGAAGAACAAACGCGCAAGUAGCAGUUCUACCUCCCAACUGACCCAGACGGACGACAACGGACCCACUUAUCUCCAGUACAACGUAAUCGAUAAGAACAUUCCUUUGGUCCAUGAAAAGGACGUCGAAGAGAAGCCUCCUGAACGACCACCCAGGUCUCCCAGAAAUGCCACAGUGAACAACAAUGCCAACAAGACGACAAAAGUGGUCAGGACAAGCGACCACGUAGCGCAAGAGCAAUGGCAGCGCAGCGAAUCGACGCCACCGGUUCACAGGUAUUACCUUGGAGAGGAUCCUUUCGGUGGGAGCAUCUAUGGGCGCGAAAAAGGCUACAAGGACGCGAGACGGUCGGCGAAGACGCGCGGCAGGACUGCCGCUGAGAUGGAGUACAGCGUUGCGUCCAGCUCCCUCGGCAGGUUUAGCAAGUCCACCGGUCGACUGGCCAGCGACCACGAAAGGGAGGAUCACUUUAGGAGCACCCAAACGUUACCCAGGAACCUGCACUCCGUCGGACAGUCGGCUCGAUCGCAAUCCCGCCCGACGUCGCGACGUCAGUACCUUUCGUCCACCCCGACAAAACAGCCAACUGCCGUACCGUCGUCGAGCCAGUCGCGUCGGUACGGCAGCAUGAUCAACAUCUCCAUUAAGAACACGGUGACGUCACCGAAACACGCCGUGCAAACCAAUCUCCAAGCUCCCGCAAAACCUGAAAGAACUUACAAGUCCACCCUGUCGCGCAGUAAAAGUUUCAACGUCGAGGCUGCUAGGAACGGCUUGGAAACACCCCCACCGAGGAUACCGUACACGUCCAACUUGCAGUUGAAUCGAUUGAACGAGACGCCGCCCCUGAAGAGCCCGGGCAUCUUAGCAAGCAUCAGUCGCAGCAACAGGGACCUGAUAAAGGACACUAGACACGAAUACUGAAUCGUUGUUGCACCUAACGUUUCGAUUCUUAACAAAUAAACCAGCGACCAAGAGAAACAUACCAUUCUAGAACGAUACAGUAGAGCAAUUCUAGUGUCAAUUUAUUGAAUUAAAAAAAAAAAUUGCCUAUUUCGCUUCUAUGUUGGACGCCAUUGCUCUAGAAUCCUGAAUUUAAGAAGACUUAUCACUAGACUGUGAAUUUUAUGUAUUUAUGACGUAUAGCAAUAUAGAAAACAUACAAAUCCUUAAAUGAUUGUCGUAAAAAUAAUUAAUUACAAGUCAUAAACGUAAAUUGAUAUUCGGGAAAAUCUAUUACCGCGAGACAUACAGAAAUCAAAACGAUAGAAUAGCGUAUCGCUUGCGCUUGCUUCAGUUCAUCAAGGAGGCGGGAUGAUCACAUGUGAUCACAUAUGAUCCAGCACAAAAACUAUACAUCAUAUAUAUUAAAUAUAUUCUACAAUUAACAUAAUACUAUUGAUAUUUUCUUUUGUAUAAUUGCACAUACAUUUUGGUUAUGUUUAGCAUGUAUUGAUUAUAUUGGCUUGUAUCAUAAAUGCAUAAAAUUCGCAGUCUACUUAUCACAAGGACUUCUUACGAUGUGUUCUACAAAACUAUACAAUUUAAAAAAAAAUGUGUUCUCGAUAAUGUAAGAAUGAAAGUUCCAUGACAAAAAGAUAGAAAUGAACCUAACCUUACAUUACACCAUCGCUUUCUAGAUUUCUCGAAACUGGAUUAAAAAGGUCAUUAUAUUUGUUUCAUCGACUAUACGUAUAUUAGUUGGGACCAAGUCAAUCGGCCGUUCGUGGUUGCUGAAAUGAUAGGUCCCUACUAUAUCGCCCUUUAAAAAAUUCCUACAGCUUAGUAUAACAUAAAUAAAUAUAUGUACAAAAGUUUAAGCUUGUGUUCGGUAGUUUACUCGAUUGAAAAUGUUUAAACGUUCAAUUUUGAUGAGUGCAGGUUAAAUUGACCCCUUAAAGUAAACUUCGAAUUUAAUUUAUCACUCGCAAACCAGGGGUUGACCUUGAAUGGCCACUAAUUUUCAAUGCAAUUUAAUUCAAGUCGAAACCAUUAUGCGGGUAUUGAUUAUUACAGGAAUGACUUUAACAAUAGUCUGUAUAGUGUACAAUAACGUUAUCGCUG